UGCCGCUGAGUUGUCUCCCGCCCGGUCUCUCCUUCUCCUUCUGCUUAGCCGAAGCGGCGGCGGCGGCGGCAAGUCGCGGCUGAGGCGAGGCGAGGGCCGGGCCUCCGCCAGCUAUGGACCUGGAGGCGUCCGACGAGGCGGGCUCCACUGGAGGGGCCGAAGCGGGAGCCGGAGCCGUCACCCCCGAGGCGGGCGGCUGGGGAGCGCCGCCGGACCCCGCGGCGGCAGGAGGGCUGGCGUUGAAGAAGACCGUUCUAACAGAGCCACCAUCACUGACCGGGCCGCUGGGAGCCAGCCAGGGGAAGAAGAUAGGCCACCGAGGAGUCGAUGCAUCAGGGGAAACGACGUACAAGAAGACCACAUCGUCUACCCUCAAGGGGGCCAUCCAGCUGGGGAUUGGCUACACGGUGGGAAACCUGAGCUCCAAGCCUGAGAGGGAUGUUUUGAUGCAAGAUUUCUACGUAGUGGAGAGUAUUUUCUUUCCCAGCGAAGGCAGCAACCUCACUCCAGCACACCAUUACCCCGACUUCCGGUUCAAAACAUACGCGCCCGUCGCUUUCCGGUAUUUUCGAGAACUCUUUGGCAUUCGUCCGGAUGAUUAUUUGUAUUCCUUGUGCAAUGAGCCGCUGAUUGAGCUGUCUAAUCCUGGGGCCAGUGGCUCCCUGUUCUACGUCACCAGUGACGACGAAUUCAUCAUCAAGACUGUGAUGCACAAAGAGGCAGAGUUCCUCCAGAAGCUUCUUCCAGGUUAUUAUAUGAACCUGAACCAGAACCCACGAACGCUGCUGCCAAAGUUUUACGGUCUCUACUGUGUCCAGUCCGGGGGCAAGAACAUCCGUGUGGUGGUGAUGAAUAACAUCCUGCCCCGGGUUGUGAAGAUGCACCUGAAAUAUGAUCUCAAAGGCUCAACCUACAAACGCCGGGCAUCCAAGAAAGAGAAGGAUAAGUCGAGCCCCACCUACAAAGACUUGGACUUCAUGCAGGACAUGCCCGAGGGCAUCAUGCUGGAUGCAGACACGUUCAAUGCUCUGGUUAAGACAUUGCAGAGGGACUGCUUGGUGCUGGAGAGUUUCAAAAUCAUGGAUUACAGCCUGCUGCUUGGGGUGCACAACAUCGACCAGCAGGAAAGGGAACGGCAAGCCGAUGGUGCCCAAAGCUUGUCGGAUGAAAAGCGCCCGGUGGGACAGAAGGCUCUGUAUUCCACCGCCAUGGAGUCGAUCCAGGGCGGAGCUGCUCGUGGGGAGUCCAUUGACACGGAUGACACGAUGGGGGGUAUCCCCGCAGUGAACGGCAAAGGAGAGCGUCUGCUGCUGCACGUCGGCAUCAUCGACAUCCUCCAGUCCUACAGGUUAAUCAAGAAACUGGAGCACACGUGGAAAGCUCUUGUCCACGACGGGGACACAGUCUCAGUCCACAGGCCCAGCUUCUAUGCAGAAAGGUUCUUCAAGUUUAUGACCAAUACAGUGUUCAGGAAAAGCUCUUCCUUGAAAGCAUCUCCCUCAAAGAAAGGACGGAGUGCCUUGUUAGCUGUUAAGCCGUCUGGCCCCAUGGCUGCGUUUUCUGCCAGCCAGAUUCCUUUGGAGAAGGAUGAAGUGCAGUAUGACCUCCGGGGAGCCAGGAGUUAUCCCACUUUAGACGAUGAAGGCCGACCUGAUCUACUUCCCUGCACCCCUCCCUCUUUUGAAGAAGCAACCACUGCCUCCAUAGCCACAACGCUUUCUUCCACGUCUCUUUCGGUGCCCGAAAGGUCUCCUUCAGAAUCCUCCGAGCAGCCCAGAUACAGGCGGCGCACACAGUCCUCAGGACAUGAAGGAAGGACUCGCGAGCAGAUCCGGGCAGACGAUGAUCUCCAGCAGAUAACUGUGGAGCUCAAGCCGAAGUGUGAUAUUGAGAUUGUGGUGCCCGAUGUGGCUGCUGCAGGAGAGGCAGCCUCCUUGGCGUGCGCCACCAUGCUGUCAGCAGCAGCGGCGGAGGUCGAGACAGCCAGCCAGGCCUCCGAGCCUGCCAGCCAAGCUUCGGAUGAGGAGGAGCUCCCAAUCCCAGAUAUCUAUUUUUUCACAGAUGGAAGGUACUGGAUUUACUCCCCUCGCCUGCGCAGGCUCCGAGCUGCCUCGGUUUCCUCUGGGGACCCACCGACAGACGAGAGGAGCUGGGUCUAUUCUCCUCUCCACUAUAACACUCAAAUCCAGUCAGUCUCUGAUGAGGAGAGCGAUACAUAACUUCUAUGCAAACUCCUCGAGAGAAGCCUUCCUCCUGGCGCUGGGCGAGGCGUUCCCUUUCGAUGUUCCUUGCAGCUUUUCGGAGGGGACGAGUGGAAGAAUGUCAGGCACCAACGUCGGCUGUGCUUCAGCAUCCCAGCGUUACUCGGAAAGACGAAGCUAGACUGCCCUGAGUCCCGUCUCCUCCCUCCCACCGUCCUUUCUCCAAAACGUGUAUAUUAAUACCUCUCCAAGCAGUUGCCCACAGACUGAUCUUGGCCCCAGAGACAUUGGGAAGGAAUGUGGAUUCUGGGUAGCCGCCUCUCUCUCUCUCUCUCUCUCCCUAUUGAUUCCCAAAGUGCACUACUGUAGCUACCUAUCUGUAUGUGAUACUGUGAACAUUUUUUAAAAUCAUGUAUUUAUUUUGUU